GAGAUGAAGCACUUCUGGUUAAAAUGAUUCAACGAGAAACCACGCCCCCACUGAGGUUAUCUUGCCCUGCCCUGGUCCUGGAGCUCUACUUGCCGAGCACUUCUACCCUGUUAGACUUGGCCCACCACAUGCUGCCCUUAGCCCAGGCAGGCAUGUGGCCGACCAUUCUGCUUGCCCUCUGCUGCCUGACUUCCGACACCCAUGGGGCACACUCCGCAGAUUUUUGCUCCAAAGAUUUAAACUCCAGUGUGAAACCAGGAUUUCCCAAACCAAUAAAGACCAAUAACCCAGGAGUGCUUAAGGCGGCCAGGCACAGCGUGGAAAAGUUCAACAACUGCACGAAUGACAUCUUCCUGUUCAAGGAGUCCCGGGUCAACAAAGCCCUGGUACAGGUGGUGAAGGGUCUGAAAUACAUGCUGGAGCUGGAAAUCAGCAGAACUACAUGCAGGAAGACCAUGCACCCCCAUCUGGACAACUGUGACUUCCAAACCAACCCUGCCUUGAAGCGGACUCUGAACUGCUACUCGGAAGUCUGGGUCAUACCCUGGCUCCACAGCGUUGAAGUACCUGUUCUCCGCUGCCACUGACUUCUGCCUCUUCAGCAAUACCAGGGCUGUGCCCACCUACUCCCUCCUUUCCACCCCAGCCUGGACAUCUUGAUCCUCAGGGCCUUCUUACCAGUGAGCGGAUGGAAAUGCCAGUGGGUCAUCAGGUGAUGAGACUGGGAGAAUAUAGUGCCCUCCUGGCCAAGAUUAACUGUAUUCACAUUGUCUUCUAAAAUUAAUUCUUCUGGUGCUGCACACCCAGAUCCAGGAUGUGGGCAUAGACAGAAUCAUUUGAUGGCAUUACUGGAGCAUGGGUAGAGCAAAGCAGAUACAGUCAACAAGGCAGUAGUAGUGUGGAAGGCUUCCUGAUAACUGACUGAACAGAUUCUGUAUCCAUCUCUUGUCUACUAUUAACAUCAGACCACUGUUGAUGAGAGUGGUUUAUCAUAAAUAAAAAACUGAUCAUCUCAAA